CUGCACUGCACAUGUGACUACAUAGUUAAGUCUAAUCUGCCGUGCCUACGACUGAGGACGCUGUCUCCUGCGUUCUGUUCCUCAAGGUCGCUCAUGGCAAACAAGAGUACGUAUACUUACCAGCCAACACCUGAGCAGCUGGCUCUUGCGGAGGAACGACGUCGACAGCGCGAAGCAAAGAAAUUGCAGCAACAGAAUACGCAAAAUCAUGCCCAUCUACCGCCAACGUUUCUUCCAAGGCCUUGGAGAUCUUUACCCAGCACACAGACUGCAUCUCAGUCUAUUAUCAAGGUCAUGUCCUGGAAUCUUCUUGCUCAAUGUCUAAUUCGCUCGAACCUCUUUCCAUCAAGUUCGAAAGCCCUUAAAACCACCCACAGAGAGCCUAUGAUACAUGCUGAGAUUCUGUCCCAUUCUGCAGAUAUAAUGUGCAUGCAGGAAGUGGAUCGUCUAAACAAGCUAUCACCCGUUCUAGAACAAGCAGGGUAUUCUUCCGCUUAUGCCACAGGCCCUGGAAAGCAGCAUGGCUGCCUCAUCGCCUACAAACAGGACAAAUACAAUCGGGUAGACGAACUCAUCAUCGAGUACGACAAGCAGGAAGUGCGUGGGGAUUCUUCGCAUCCUGCUGCACGCAUUGGAUCGAGUCGCAUUACGAAUAAUAUCGGUUUCAUGGUCGCAUUGGCCGAAGCCGGCGCCGAUCAGAAAGGAGUCAUCAUUGCAACCACCCAUCUGUUCUGGCACCCCGCAUUCACGUACGAAAGAGCGAGGCAGGCCGGUAUCCUAGUACGAGAAGUCCUUAAUUUCCGGCAGUCUAGGGAACUUGACCAUUGGCCCUGCAUCAUCGCUGGCGACUUCAAUUUUGCUCCCGAUGAUCCAGCAUACUCCUUGCUCGUCGGCGAUCCGCUUACUGAGGCCCAGUCGCAUCGUUUGGACAUGUCUCGUGUUGUUCAUAUAACCAUCGAUCCCACGGUACCACGGACUAAAAAGAAGGCGGAUGAAGAAGAGGGAGACGGUUCAGAAGCUGAUCCAGACAGAGUCAUCAAUAACUCCAGAGCAGCCGCUUCGUCAGACGGAUUACUAUCCGACCUUGAGCUGACAUCAUUAUUUAUCAACGGUGUUCAGCUUCGGAGCGCGUAUGAUGAAGGCCAGAGAGCUCAGAGAGACAACGGCACCCCAGGUGAUUUACACACAUUUGGCGAUCGAGUCUCUUUGCCUCCAACCAGACUCGGGGCUCAUGAACCAAUGUGGACUAGUUACACUCACUACUGGAAAACGACGCUAGAUUACAUUUUCUUCGUAGGCACAUCCAAACACCGCAUAGACGUCACGGGGUAUCUCAACCCACAUCGCACCAAUGACAUAGAAGCUGGUCUUCCUCAGAUUGGUAUUUGCGGGAGCGAUCACGUCUCUCUUUGCGCGGAAUUCCUGUUAUCACAAUAG